AUGCUAUGUUACUCUGACGGUAUUGCCAAUGCUAAACCAUCCAACGGUCUCUUCUCCGCUCGCUUGCUGCCAGUGUCUUCUUUAGUGUUUUUAACUUGCAGUUCUCCUAAUUUACGUUCAUUUAAAGAACAAAAUACGUUUUUUUAAUCGAUCUCAAUAAAUUGACAGAGGAACACGAACUUUAGUGAAAUUGACAACUCAAAAACUGUUCAAAUUUCUUGCGAUUGUUGCGGUUAACCGUCGGAGGAAGGAGAUUAUUUCAUCAAAUUUUGAUACGUCGAAUGCGAAUUAACGAAUAAAAAUGUCAUCAUGGCUACCAAGGGUGGUAGCUGUGCUACUAGUCAUCUGCUCACACCUUCAUAAUCAUGGUGCCAAUGCAAGAGGAGAGAGACGCAGGGGACAACGCCAAUCAGAGCCCAACAAAUUCAAGUGUACUAGUGAAGGCUUCCACCCCGAUCCACAGGACUGCUCUGUCUUCUACAGAUGUGUGAACUUCGGCUCAAGUGGACUGACACCGUUCAGGUUCCAGUGUGGACCAGGCACGGUGUAUGAGCCAGACACCAACGUGUGUGGACAUCCGGCUGGUUCAUCAAGGCCAGAAUGCAGGAGCUAUGAGUCACCGCCAGACCCUGAGCCUGAGCCCUCAGCACCUGAAGCACCUCCUCAGCAGCCACAGACUGAGUUGCAGCCGCCACCUCAGCAACCACCUGCGUCAUACCCUCAGCAACCUCAACCAUCAUAUCCUCAACAACCACCUGCAUCAUAUCCUCAGCAACCUCCACCAUCAUAUCCUCAACAACCACCUGCAUCAUAUCCUCAGCAACCUCCACCAUCAUACCCUCAACAACCACCCCCAUCAUAUCCUCAGCAACCCCCUCCAUCACAUCCACAACAACCACCUCCAUCAUACCCAAACCAGCCCCCUCCAUCUCACCCUCAGCAACCUCCUCCAUCAUACCCAAACCAACCCCCUCCAUCCUACCCACAACAACCACCAUCAACAGACCCCAAUCAACCCCCUGAUCAGCCAUCAUACCCACAAACCCCAGCUCAGCAGCCAUCCUACCCUCAAACUGUAGCACAACCAUCCUAUCCUCAAACACCAGCCUACCCAGACAGCCCCUCACAGCAGCCAUCCUACACUGAAACCACUGAGCCAUCACACCCAGACACAGCUGAGAAUGGAAUCGAUGGAGACCAAUGUCGUUCUGAGGGAUUCCAUGCUGUCAAGGGUGACUGCUCCAAGUUCAUGAGGUGUGUCAAUUCCGGUGAUGGAAAGUAUGCCAAAUAUGAAUUCAAAUGUGGUGCUGGCACCAUGUGGGACCAAGAACUGCAGACUUGUAACCAUGCACAUCUUGUCAACUGUGAUGCAGAGAGUGAAUCAACCACUAUCAGUUCAGCUGCUACACUGAUACAAUCUGAUUCGACAGUGGGAUCAACAUUCACAUCAUCAUGGUCAAAUGCUUCCUCAUCCUCAACUAGUCAAUCAUCAUCCUCGAGCUUUGCUUGGUCGAAUUCAUCCUCAACAGAUACAGGCACCACAGCAGCUGCAGGAGGCGGUGGCUCAUCAUCAGCAUCUUCUAGCAGUCAACAGAGUUCAGCUGCAGGUGGCAGCACACAAACCACUGCAUCUGGAUUCCAACAAGGAAGUGGCUCAUCUAGCUCUGGAUCUUCCAGCUCAGGUUCCUCAUCUACAGCAUCAUCAUCAAAUGCCAAUCAACAGACCACUAGUUCUGGAAGUAACCAACAGAGCACAUCAGCUGGAAGCUCUCAGCAAUCAUCCUCUUCAGGAAGUAAUCAGCAGACCACAUCUUCUGGCAGUAAUCAACAAUCAAGUUCAUCUGGAAGUAACCAACAGUCCACAUCCAGUGGUGGCUCUCAACAGUCAACUUCAUCUGGCAGUAACCAGCAAACAACAUCAGCUGGUAGUAAUCAACAAUCAUCAUCAUCUAGUAGUAAUCAACAAACAACAUCUGCAGGAAGUAAUCAACAAUCAUCAUCAUCAUCUGGUAGUAAUCAACAAACAACAUCCGCAGGAAGUGGUCAACAGACUACAUCAUCUGGCAGCAAUCAACAAUCCACCUCAUCUGGUAGCAACCAACAAACAUCUAGUGGUGGCUCUCAACAAACUGGUAAUAAUCAAGGAGCUUCCUCCACUAAUAACCAACAAUCAUCAACUACCUCUGGAGGUUUCCAAGAAACAACAACACCUCUAAGUCAAACAUCUUCAGUGCCUGACAAUCAACAAAGCACAGAGCAAGCUGGUGGCCAACCCACAACACCCUUGAACCAAGUAGAAACUACAACUCUUCCUCCAACCACCACUCCUGUGCCUAAACCACCUGAGAGUGAAGCUGAAAGUGGAGGUCAACAAACAUCUUCAUCUCCAGCUCCAACAACUACAACAGCUGCUCCAACUACAGCUGCUCCGACGACAGCUGCUCCAACUACAGCUGCUCCAACGACAGCUGCUCCAACGACAGCUGCUCCAACGACAGCUGCUCCCAAGCCCACUGCAAAGCCACCUAGUCAGACUCAAAAACCACCCAAGCCAUCAUCAACCACACAGAAACCAACAUCACCUAAACCAGUCACUCAGAAGCCAUCCCCUCCCCCACCAAAACCACAACCCACCACUUCAACAACACAGGCCCCUCAACAGCCUCCAGCAAGCUCCACUCAGUCACCUCCCACAACACAAAAAGCACCUCCUCCUACGUCAUCAAAGCCUCAACCAUCAACCACUCCUGCUCCACCUCCCUCACAAGGAAGUGGCACACAGGUUCCUCCUUGUCAAAAUGCAUCACAUGCACACAACAAGCCAUCUGAGUCACAGCCUCCUUCAUCAGGUGCUUCAACUGCUGGCCAAUCAGAACAAUGUAAAGCAGCUGGAUUCUUUCCAGUUCAUGGAGAAUGUACAAGAUUCUACAGAUGUGUCGAAUAUGGAGAUAGUUAUCAGAAAUAUGAAUUCACUUGUAGCCCUGGUACUUAUUGGGAUCAAGAUGUGCAAACCUGUAAUCACAAAUGGGCAGUGAAAAGGACGGACUGUGGAGGAUCAAGUGGCGGAUCAGGUGGUGGAUCAUCACCAGGAACAGAACCACAAACAUCAUCUUCCACACCAUCAAGUGCCUCUGAGAACAAUAAGCCUGAGCAGAAACCAGAAUCUCCAGAGCCUGAAUACUGUCCAGAAGAAUCUUCAUCUCAAAAUGGGUCUCCCAGUUCAACUUACUUGCCAGCAGAUAAGCCCUGCAAACCCAGGCCAACUGAGCAGAAACCACCAGCAGAGAGUUCACAGCCUAGUCAACCACAAAAUCCACCUCCUAGUCAACCACCACAAAAUCCACCGCCUACUCAACCUCAGGAGUCAACUUCUAGCCCACCACAAACACCAGGGUCUGGUCCAGAUCAAUCUCAGACUCCAACUCCCAAUCCUCCUGAAAACAGCUCCAACCAAGGACCAGGCUCAAAUCCACCACAAUCACAGUCUUCAGGUUCACCAGCAAAAUGUACAAGUGAUGGAUUUUUCCCAGUUGAAGGUGACUGUACAAAAUUCUACAGAUGUGAUAGAGGCACAAAAUAUGACUUUACAUGUGGCCCAGGAACAUAUUGGGAUCCAGAUGUUACAACAUGCAACCAUCCUUGGGCAGUUAAGAGGACAGAUUGUAAAAGCUCUUCAGGCCAACAGCCACAAUCAGGCUCUCAACCACAACCAGGUUCUCAGCCACAACCAGGUUCUCAACCUCAACCAGGUUCUCAGCCACAACCAGGUUCUCAACCACAGCCAGGUUCUCAACCACAACCAGGUUCUCAGCCACAACCAGGUUCUCAACCACAACCAGGAACACCACCUCCUCAGCCGCAGUCUCCUCCUCCACAACCACAGCCAGGAUCUCAGACAAAGCCACAGCCAGAAACUCCUCCUGCAGGAACCAAUAAUGGUGGCUCAAGCAAUAACCAGACAUCAUCCCCACCACCUUGUGCACAAACAACUGAAAGCAGUCAAACACUGAAACCCUCUCCAGGUGACUGCAGUAAGGGUGAUGGAUACUACCCAGUUGAAGGUGAUUGUGUGCGAUUCUACAGAUGUCAUAAUAAUAUGAAGUAUGAUUUCCAAUGUGGAGCUGGAACAGUAUGGGACCCAGACAACACAGUGUGUAACCACCCUUGGGCAACAAAGAGGAAGGACUGUGGAGGAAGCAGUUCUCAAGCACCAGAUUCAAGUACUGAGACAAGUCCAGGAACAACAGUUGCUGAAACAACAACAACAAAAGAAACUGAGAAACCAACAGAAGAAACGUCAUUGCCACCAACAGAGAGCACUACACCAGGAACGAUACCACCUUCAACAAAUGAACCUGACACAGAAGGUACAUCCACUGAGUCAUCUCAAACUACACAAGCUGCAACAACAAGCCAGCCUGAAACAACACAGCCAGGAACAACCGGGACACAGCCUGGGACAACAGGAACACAGCCUGGAACAACAGGCACACCACCUGGAACAACAGUCACUGAAGCAGGCACCACAAAUCCAGUGACCUCAUCAACUGAAGCCACAGAAACGCCUUCUGGUACCACAAUAGCUCCAACUGAGUCCACAGAGAGCAGCACUGCAGCUCAGACUGAAUCAAGUACUAGUCCUGCAGCUGAAACAACGACAGCAGCAGGAGCUGAGUCCACAACAACAAGUCAACCAGGUGAAACAGGUCCCACAACGACCGAGGCAGGUGAAACUGGCCAGACGUCUUCAACUGAUGAAACAUCAACAAUGAGCCCUAGUGACGGCGAUUGUCCAGCCAUUGACUCUGACCAAAUGCACUUGAUCUGCCCAACUGGAUUCAAGAGGCAUCCAAAAUACUGCAACCUGUUCUACCAGUGCACAUCAUCCAACAGCCUCGACAUGAGAGUGGUCGUUCUGUCCUGUCCAAACAACACCUACUAUGAUGAGAAGAAAGUGCAGUGCUUACCACCUGAAGAAGCAGCAUCCUGUUCAGGCUCUUUGGCGCCAAAGAGAGUUGUAAGAAGAUUUGCAGAUGGAUCAAAUCCACCGCUGGAAGUAUCCACAAUGGAACCAAUUUGUCCAUCAGAAGGUCAUUUCCCAUUUGAAAAUGACUGCAACAAAUUCUACAAGUGUUCACGCAAUGGAAGAGGAGUUCUACAAGGUGAAAUCUACCAGUGCCCUGAUGGAUUCGCUUUCUGGGAUAAGUCAUGGAGAUGUGAGAAAAUCUCCAAGAUACCAAGAUGCAAACGAGGCUCCAACUCCUACACUCCAGUGCCAACCGCGAAUAUUCCUCUAGAAACAGUUGAAAUCGGUAACCGAAAGAAGAAAACAAUUGAUUUUCUGCCCACAAUCGAAACACUGUCAUGAGAUUAGUUGAACUGAAUUAUAGGGGAAAAUUUAGGCUGAUUGAAAGCAAUUAAAAGGCACCUAAAGCUACAAUCUAGAAUAUCGUAAUUUUCAUAGAAAUGAACUAUUCUUUGUUCAGUUGUUGAACUUGUAUGAUAUUCAGAUGAAGUUUCCAAUUAUAUGAAGUAAGAAGUGAUCUGAUACCGUGAAGUAAAAAUAAUGAAUUUACAUGAAUUGAAUAUUGGGAAUCAUGAAGAGAUAAUAGGUUUUAGUAUAAAUACAUAAUUUCUUUAUAUUAUUUAUAAUAAUUUAUGAAACUUUGACACAAACGGGAAGAGAAAGCUAGGAAAUAGGUACCUACUGUGCCAGUAAUCAAUUCUAUUUGCUAAAACGUUGAACCAGUUGAAUUCAACUCACAGUAAAACUUCAUGAAGAAAACUGCCUAGUCUAGAUGAAAUAUAGUUUAGAAAAUUAGCAUACGGUAGUCUACAGUACGGUUUCAUUUAGUACUGUAAUAAUAAUCAGUCUACACUUAUUUAUUCAACUCCACAUUGAAUUUAAACUUGAAGUUUUUAAAUUUUCAAAGAUUUAUCGAACUUCGACUAUAACAUUGAUGAUCCAUGACCAUUAUUAUAACUGGUCUUGAAAAAAGCCUUAGCACAACGUUAAUAUUAUGGACUACCCUAUGUGCAGAGGAGUAAUAUUUUUAAGAACGAUUCUAUAUUUAAAAUACAGUUAUGAAUUAAUUCUAAAUAUAAGUUUAGAUAUUAAUAACUCUGCUCAUUAAUUAUUAGUAGUAACUAUCUUACGUAAGAAGCUGAUUUUCAUGUGUGUUAGACUUAAGGUGUGAAUGUGAAACUUAAGUUGGAGAGAAAAUCAAAAAGCGAAUGUACUUUUGAUUGUUCGGAAAAAUAUGAAACAAAAUACAAUACUAUAAUGUUCAAUAGAUUCAAUUUGCUCUCUAGAAUGACGUUGUAGAAUAAUAGUAGGAUAUUUUGUAGAUGAACUCAAUUUUCAAUAAUUUAAUUAUGAUGUAGGUACGGUACGCAAAUGAAAGUACCGUACUUACCAUCAAUUACACUAUUUGAGUUGGAAUAAAAUUAAGGAUAAGAAAAUUGAAUUGAAGCGUCAAUGCAAGAGAAUUAGAGUUGACUGAAAUUUCAAUUUCUAUGAUAGUUAAAAUUUGAGACCAUGAUAUUCUAAUUCUAAUCACAAUUCAAUCUUAUAUAUCUAUAAGCUACCGUACACAAUAUAAAAAUAAUAUUACAGCCUACUUCUAGUUUUGAAUAUUAUAAUUUCUAUUGUCGUAAACUGAAUAGGUAGGUUGUAAACAGAAAAUUACUAUGUUCAUUCAAUAGUAGCAUAAUACAACAUACACCAUAUUGAAUGUAUUCAGACAUGCGACAAUACCGUACUUUCCAAAUGGGUGAUAGUCUGAUAAUCGAACGAUAAAAUAGGCCUAUAGUUACAGAUCAAUGAUUCUGGGGCUAUUUAACAAUUAAAGUAAGUUGGUUUUACAACUUGGGAUAAAACAAAUCGAGGGUGUAUCGGAUAAAUUUGAUUCUGUUCAUUACUGAUUUGUUAAAUAAAUGAUUAUGAGGAUAAUAUUGCAAUUACUACAAGUUUUCCUUUAGUUUUGUCUAGCAAGUCUCAAAGUACUUAAGUUAUGCUCUUAGUUGAGUCAGUCAUAUACCAGCUAACUUAUCUUUAAAAAGCAAAUGAAUAACUUAUAAAUAACAUACCUUGUAAUUUUUACGAAGAAUUAGAAAACAAAAAGUACGAUUCUGCUCAAUUAAAUCAGAAGAUACGAUGUUGACCUGUUGCAGCUUGAAGAAUUUUCUGCAGGCUUUUGCAAGUCGACGAUUGAAAAUUGGAGCAGUGAUGCCAGUCAAUUAUUAUAAUAAUAGAGAAAUAUUGAUUUAUUGAUGAGUGCAUCACUGCGUUUGGAUCUGAUGCCGGCAACUUUGAAUCUUUUAGUUAUCGAUUUUGAUACGACCCGAAGAUGCCGGAUUGAUUUAUAUUCUCAACAAUUGAUUAAUGUAAUAAUUAAUUCAAUGCUAUUGUAGGCUACGUGAGAAUUGGAUAAAAUCAUAAAUUUGCAUUUGCCAACUUAGUAUUGAACUGAUCAAUUUAUCCUAUAACUUUAUAGCAAUUUUUGUAUAACUGCAGAUUUUAUUAUGAGAAACAGACGAGUGAAUGGCUGAAAAAUUGAAUGCAAUACAGUUAAGUUUAGAUUAGGUAUGAUAUUAUUAGCUAAUGAUGGUAUAAAUUGAGCUUGUAUAAUUAGAAUAGUAUAUUCUUGAAUAUCUGGAUUGUCACAUUCAGCAUAUAAUCAAAUAGCUAAUUAAGUUAUGUAUGAGUGGAUUAUACGUGUAAAUAGUAUAUUUUAGUUGGAUAAAUGGUACCGAAUAAUGAUUAACUUAUACUAUAGAUCAAAAAUGUUUGUCUGCAUUAAAAAUAACAUAUUUAUUGAAUGCUGAUUUAUAGAACAAUAAAGUGCAAGAGAAUAUUUAUAUUGUGUAUUGAA